GGAUAUAUGCACUGUAACACAAUUCCUGGUGAAUGAAUGUGUCCUACUGAAGAACUGCCAACAGCUCCAAAGGUGAGCAGGAAGAAGGAUUGUGUUUCACACAGCACAAGAACAGAGACCUCUGCUCCAUAUUGUAUUUUCUAAAAGCUCAAAUUCUGCACAUAAAUCUCAGUUUGAAGAUUAUGUUUUUGCCCACAGCAGGCUUCAGCAAACCCAGAGUGGUAUAAAUAUGCAGUAUGAUAAAUGUGUGAUUUAAAGACACUUUCUACAUAACAGGAACUGGACAGUUGCCUCAUAUUAUGUGUAAAAAGUCCUGUUCCGCCCUCCAGUGCUCCUUCCACCUCCUUUGUAUGUGUCCAAAAUAGCUUCAGCAGGCAACAUGUCACCCCUACCCUAUAUUGACACACAAUGAAACAUCCCACCCGAGAGCUUUAAAUUCGUACGCUCCUGAGAGUCAUGUCCAGAGAUCCACACAAACAUCCAAGAUGCCUGUCGACUACAGCGGGACCUGGGACAUCGUCAGCAAUGUCAAUUUUGAGAAAUACAUGGUCGUGCUUGGCAUUGAUUUUGCAACCCGCAAGAUUGCAGCGAUGUUGAAGCCCCAGAAAGUGAUUAAGCAAGAAGGAGACUGUUUCACAAUCAGAACACUCACUAGCUUCAAAAAUUACGAAUGUUCGUUCAAAAUCGGGGAAGAGUACCACGAGGUGACUCAAGGAAUGGACAACCGGUCAUGCCAGACUGUGGUCAACUGGCAAAAUGACAAGCUGGUGUGCGUUCAGAAAGGAGAGAAGAAGAACAGAGGGUGGACUCACUGGAUCGAGGGAGACGAGCUCCAUCUGGAACUCACUUGUGAGGACCAAGUCUGCAAGCAAGUUUAUAAAAGGACUCUGUAAUUGUUCAUGUCUGUUAAAACAAUUUCAGACUGCAGAGAGCAUUUAACAGUUAUUGCAUUUCCAUGAAACGAGCCAUAAGCCACAUAAUGCAGCUGUUGUACUGUAUUAGGAGCGUAUAAUUUGAAUAAAAUGUGUGUUUGGAUUCAUGUACUUGGGUUAUAGUAGUUUAAUUUACCUCCUCCGGACCACAGGAUGGUGCUGUAAAACUUUUACUCCGGAAAAAAAUGAAAAGCACUACAGAGUUGUUGGUUUGCUUGUAAAUUUAUGCCGCGAGUUUUCCUUCUGUGGUUGACGAAUUUCAAACAAAUUGAAAUAAACUGAAUACGGUUUUUGUCA